AUGUCGACCGUGAACACGAGCUUCCUGAUGAUUUCAGAUACUCACGGACUGGAUAUACACGAGAAUACCGCUCACGACUUCCGCCUGCCCCUUCCCAAAGUCGAUGUCCUGUUGCACUGUGGAGACUUCACACAAGUCGGCGGUCAGGGGCCUUACCGUAACGCGCUCAGGAUGUUGGGAGAUAUCGAUGCUGAACUCAAGUUAGUCAUCGCAGGCAACCACGAUCUCGAACUCGACAAGGAUUAUUGGCUCUCGCAUCUUGACGAAGAGGGCGGUGAUGAACCAGAAGAGCAUUAUCAGGCUGUCGCUAUCAUGAAAGGCCCGCUCGCANNAAGGGAAGCAGGCGUUACAUAUCUCGAGGAAGGCACUCAUACAUUCACUCUGAGAAACGGCGCCUCNUUUUCAGUAUCCGUCUCUCCCUAUACGCCUGCAUUCGGCGACUGGGCUUUUGGAGCUGCUCCCUCCGAAGACAGAUUUGCCAACCUACAAGACCAGAUCGAUAUCUUGAUGACGCAUGGUCCACCGAAGAACAUACUCGAUUCUUGUCCACAAGGCAACGUUGGAUGCGACCGCACUCUCAAUGCUCUCCGACGUACAAAGCCUAUGCUGCAUUGCUUUGGCCACAUUCACGAAGGCUAUGGAGCGCAAACAGUCAUCUGGGAUGACAAAGAUACAAACACAGAUACCCUCAACGUCAAACCAGCGAACAUCGAAAAGACAAACCGAUGGCACACAGUAUGCAAGAGCGGAGACACUGGCGAAACACUCGCCAUCAACGCCUCUAUACAAGGAGAAAAUGGUGCCUUCUGCAACUCACCAUGGCUCGUAAAACUACCGCUUCGCAGUAAGAAGUAG